CCGUCCCGGUACUGAGUGCUGAUAGCGACUGGGCUCUGGUAUCGGCAGUGAGGUUCGGGAGUGGAAGACAUGUUCCCGUGAUCUCUUGAAGGUGUACGUGCUGAGCAAGAGGAAGAGGAAGAGCCCUUCAUCACCGCAGUCACGUGUGGAGCUGGGAGCAGGAGGAGCUGUGCUUUGACCUGCUGAGCAGGAUGGAUCAGAACUUAGACUCUUCACUUUCCAGAAUAUUUACUGGACAUGAUGAUCCUGAGAAUACUGAAGUGUAUGAAGAUGAACUUUAUCUCGAGGAGUCAUCCAGUGAGCAGAGUGUUGAUAGUGAGGUGGAGUUUCAUCUCUAUAGCCAGAUCCACUAUUCCCAGGAUCUUGGAGAAGUCAGAACACUGGAAAUGGAUGAGGAAGCUGACGCUGGAGAAGUCGUGGGUCAAAGUUCCAGGCUGGCUGGGAAACAGGAUGAAGAUGAGAAUCUCACUGAGCUCACUGAUGGUGGCACUCGGCUUUCAGAUGAGCCCGAUGUCAUUGUCCUGUCUGACACCCCAGAGGAAGACAGCAUCUACAAAAGCAAGGCAAAGAGGUCAAGGUGCUCCUCUUCAGCUCCAGGUAAAGCUCACACCCACCCGGCAUCCUCCACGCCAAAUCAUGCCAAAGCUGCUGGGUGCAGUGCCCGGUGCCCCCCUGAGCCCGGUGUGGGCACACCAAGGAAGACGAGCAGCCCUAGUGGGAGGCCUGCCCCAGUCCUUCCUGCCAGACCCAAAGGGCCCCAGGACGUGCUGGUGAUAGACAACAGCUCGGAGGAGGAGGAGGAGAGCCUCAUCUCUGACGGCGAGGACAUCGAGAGCUGGAUGCUGCUGGGAGCUGGUGCCGAUGACACGGAUGGAGACAUCAUGCUGAACCUCGAGGGCUGUGCCACGCCUGCCAGGAAAGGAGAAAUUGAUGUGAACUGGUCUAUCUCUCAUAAAGACUUAGAGGCACAGAUCUCCAACUACGCGGGCGUGAGGCACAGCAGCAUGCGGUACUACAGAGCGGACAAAAACGUCACUUGUAGGAACUGCCACAGACCAGGACAUUUGUCCAAGAACUGUCCCACUCCAAAGAAAGUUCCCCCGUGCUGUCUGUGUGCAGGAAGAGACCAUCUGCAGCACAGCUGCCCGGCACGAUUCUGCCUCAACUGCUGCUUGCCCGGGCACUAUUUCAGGGAAUGCCUGGAGAGAGCCUACUGGAACAAGCACUGCAACCGCUGCGACAUGAAGGGCCACUAUGCUGAUGCUUGCCCAGAAAUAUGGAGGCAGUAUCACCUAACAACCAAGCCAGGACCCAUCCAGGCGGCCGGCUCGCCCUCGCCCUCGGAGCGCGCGGUCUCCGUCUACUGCUACAACUGCUCCCGCCAGGGACACCUGGGAUACGAGUGCUCAGAGAAGAGGAUGCAGGGGAACAUGUUCCCCACUUCUCCCUUCGUCUACUACUACGAUGAUGAGUGCGACAUCAGGAGGAGAGCCAACAGGUUGAAAAGAAAAGUGGCAGACCUGCAGGAAGCUGGCCUCCUGCCCGAGCAGCCCGAAACACCCCUGCAGGAGGAGCAGCUCGAGGUGCCCAGCCACAAGAAAAAGAGCAAACUCUGGAAAGAGCAGCAGGGCAAGCCCCGCAGGAGCAGCGAGCAGCACAAGAAGAUGAAGGUGAAGCGGGUGAAGAAGGCCCAGGAGGAGAGGCAGAGGAGGGCUGCUGGGAUCCACGGGGACCCUGAGGAUUUCCCUCGGGGGCACAAGCAGCAGGGCUGCAAGGGCAGCAGGGCCCAACGCAGGGCCCUGCCCCAGGCACCCCCAGGCUGCAAGGCCCUCAGCGUGCACCAGCCCCCAGAAGGUGCCAAAAGGAAGAAGAAUUGGAAAAAGCAGAAAAUUGCCAGUCCUAACAGGGACAAUCUGUUCCUUAUAAAACAGAGGAAGAAGAAGUCCAAGCAGAAAUCCUGGUGAUGGCAGGUAGCACUGCAUUCCCUGCUCUGGCUCUGCCUUGUCUUUACUCCUGUCCCUCUCCUAGCACACGAACUGGAGUCUGUCCCUGUCCCGGCCUGCUGGGCACCACCACUCUCGCUGUCCAUCUCCACAGCCACGGGGACCUCUCCA